GGCUCGUCAGAAACAUGGAGCAAAUCCUAAUUAAAUGCGCGGCGACAGAUCUGGCUAUUCAGUGGGUCAUCUGGAAUGUGGCAAGCAUUUUGCAAACUGAUUUGUUUUAUGAUUUGGCAGGACCAGGGACUUUCCUAUCGACUCUCUUGAGUCCUAGGUGGAAUGGCACUAUUUCCUUGGGACAGAAAAUACCUUUGAUAACCACAUGGGGUUUGAGUGUGAGACUGUUCCUGUUCAUGAGAUUGAUAAAAGAAGGUCAGUAUCGAUACUUCACUCAAGUUCAAAACAACCGUAGGGGCUUCCUUCCUUACUGGACUAUUCAAGGUGUCUGGAUCUUCAUUACACUCCUCCUAGCGCUCAUUUUAAACCUUCAGAAAGAGGAUACACAUCUCUAUAUCCAAAACUUCGCAGGAUGGACGAUUUGGGCUUUUGGCUUAAUGUUAGAAGCAAUUGCAGAUCAUCAGAGGUGGAAUUUCAAAACUAAUUCUAUAAAUGCUCAGGACAAAUUCAUUUGCCAUGGGCUCUGGGCUUAUAGUCAGCAUCCAAACUACUUGGGUGAAUUGCUUCAGUGGAUUGGCCUGUUCAUCUCUGCUUCUACUGCAAUGAAGGAAUUGGAGUACAUCAGUGUCUUCUCACUCGUAAUGAUGUGGGUCUUUCACGCCCACACAAGUGGAAUUCCCCUUCUGGAAAAGGAAGCCAUGAAAAAGUGGGGACAUGAUCCUGCUUACCUCGAAUAUGUCAAACGUACACCAUCUGUCUGGCCAUUCAGAUUUUAAUACAAAUUCCAUUCAUUAAACCUCACUACCACCCCCCCCCACUCUCAAUUUCUAGUGUAAAUUUGUUAUUGGACUGAUUUUUCAAAGCAAAGGGAGAUCUGAAACAUACCAACUGAUUACUCCCAUGCCUUAAGAUUUUGUUUAUUAUUGCAUUGUUUUAUUGUUGUACUUGAGAUUACAGUGGGCUGGUGAAAAGCAGCAGUACUUCUGUUUGAAAACAGUUUUGGAACCAAAAGUUACUUGAAGUUAAUUGUUCAAUGUCAUUUACUGAAAGAAAAAUAUUAACGCAGCAGGGGUUUUUUUUGCAAUAGUUGUGUACAAUUUCUCACCCUCAGUGAUAACAUUUAUUCCUUCUUGCAGUUACCAUUACUGGGGCAGGGGGGUGGGGGAAGAGGUGAUAGUAGUGAGUACAAAAACUCCCACUUGUUCAUUCUUAGGGAGGCAUUAGCAAGGUUUGUAAAUUGUUUCUUUAAGUUGAAAUUUAAAAAUAAA